UCCCCUCCACUCCGUAAGCUGUUUGUUGGUUUUGUUUUGAACCAACAUGAAAUGAAAUGUUAUUAAACAUAAAAGAUAUUCCGAAUAUUACUCGCAAUAUAGUGAAAACAAUAAUAAUGGAAGACUUUGACUGGAAUGUGGUGAACGAGGGGCAUUUGUUGGACGCAAUGGUUGGCCACAAACCAAUCGGAAUAAAUAAGCACUUCCAAAUGGCAUUUAUUUGUGAAAAAUUUGCUGAAGCGAUUAAAAAGGACGUACCAUCAUCAAAAAUAUGGACACAGCUAGAAACAAUGUACAAUCUAGAAGCAUUAAAUGAAAAUGAAUCACUGCCAUUUCCUAAUGAAACUCAAGAUUUCACCUUACCAGACUCUGAUUUUGGUACUUUAAAACGUAAAAGGGAAGAACAAGAUGAAAAGAAAUCACAGAAAGGACGUGAAACUCCUAAAAAUCUCAAAGAAAUCAAAAAAGAUGAUACAAAAACACCAACAAAUACCAGAAACACUAAAAAUGAUACACCAAGAAGAGAUAGCAAGGAUAAUAAAGAUGUUGGUAAAGAAACUAAAGCUACAAUGGUGAAAAAGGAAGUUAAGAAGGACCCAGAGCCAAAAUCCAAAGCUGUCAAGGGUAGAAACUCAGUGGCUGCAGCAAAAGAAGAAAAUAAAAAGAAUAACAAGAGAGAAGAAUCGCCGCGGCCAGCAAAGAGACCCACAAGAGGCAGUUUAAAACCUGAUGAGACAAAUGGAGGCAAAGCUAGUCCUCUCACUGCACUCGCGCCUGCAACAAAACGACGGCGAAUUUAAAUUGAUUAGAAGACUGAUGUCUGAAUGAUUUUUAUGAUGUAUGAAUAAUAUUAUUUAGUAAUUUAUAUAUGUAAAAGAUUGAUUACAAACAUAAUUAAAAUAUUAUGUUCAGUUUAUUGAUCUAGUAAAAAUUAAAGUUUUAUUCAAAUUCUAUAAACAA